AGUUGCGUGUGGCCGUUUUUUGCAAGGAUCCAAUUGCUAAUCAGUUGGUGAUAAGUAUAUUUCUGCUUAUAUCGACCAUUUUUUCACCUCGGGAAAUUACGCCCAAAAGUAGUCAUGAACGCGUAUUUUACAGCUUUGCCUUUGUUGUUUGGAUUUGUCCUUUUAUUUGGUACUUGGAUAUGUAUAUCCGUAGAAGCCAAAAAUCGCGGACUCGGGUGUCGAAGUCUACGGUUUGGACAACCAGACAAUGGAUUCGCUCUCCAAGGUCACUUACUUCGUAAUAUAACGCUCAAAAUGGGAAAUGAACUCAGUGGUGAUUGUAGAUACGAGUGCCUGAUGGAAAGUAAUUGUGUGUCUGUGAAUGUCGGGCCACCCGACAAGAAUGGACUCAGGGUCUGUCAAUUGAGUGAUUCUGACCAUAUUCAACAUCCCGAACAUCUUACGGCACAGGAAGGAUUCCUUUACUGGGCUACCCAGAAUCCGUGUUCCAGCAACCCCUGUGCCAACGGUGCAACAUGUCUCAAUGGAUUCACAGACAAGAGAUACAUUUGCCUGUGUCCACCUAAAGCCAUAGGUGAAAACUGCGAGAAUUCAUUCUCUGCGAUCUUCUCAAAUCUCGGUGCCACCGGAAGAUAUGGCCCAACAACGCUGGGCAGUCACUACACAGGUCAGGAUCAUGACAGACAAGUUACAUUGUCCAGCGGUAUUCAACAGUGGACUGUGCCUCACACUGGUGACUACAGAAUAGAAGCAACCGGAGCAGCAGGAGGGUACGAUUUACACCCUAACAGCGCUCAGUAUCGAGGAAGAGGAGCGAGAAUGAUCGGAACGUUCAGUCUGAUUAAAGAUGAGAUCAUUCGUAUCCUUGUGGGACAGGAAGGGGGCUCUAAAGAUAAUGACUGGAGUUCUGGCGGUGGUGGAGGUACAUUCGUUGUCAGACAAAACAACACGCCUUUGAUAAUAGCUGGAGGUGGAGGAGGUCUGUGUUACUUGAUAAAACGGCAUGCAGGGUGUGACGCUAGUACAAACACAACUGGAAAUCCUGGGUACAGGUCAGCAGGGUCAGGCGGAAUCGGUGGCCUUGGCGGGCAGAGUGGCAAUGCCAGCUACGCAGGCGGCAGCGGUGGAGGCUUUUUUUCCAACGGAACGGAUGAGAACGCAGAUGGUGGCAGAGGAUUUCUUCAGGGAGGAGUGGGGGGCAAAGGCAAUGCGUUAAAAGCCGACGGUGGAUUUGGGGGAGGAGGAGGAGCUUACGGAGGAGGGGGUGGUGGUGGGUAUUCUGGCGGAGGUGGCGGAGAGAUCAACAAAGAUUCAUGUGGAGGAGGGGGUGGCUCUUUCAACUCAGGAAAGGAACAGAAAAAUGAGUGUUGUUACCAAUCUGAUGGACCUGGUCAGGUUACGAUAACAUUACUGUGAAAUCACUGUAUAGAAUCAUUAAUGAAAAUUAUUUAAUCAACCAUUAAAAUUUCUUCAAAUGUGAUUGGUGCGCUAACUGCUUUAAUUUUCACUAAUUUUUUUGGAGAGAUGUAAUCGGACAGUAUGAAGUAGUCAAUCAUACCAAAUCUACUCAGCUAAAUCCAUCAAUCACAGAAUUGAUCACAAUAACCAAAUAUUACUCAUUUGAAGGAAAACUGGGAGUUUCCAGGAUGGACGGAUUGUUUUUUCGGAAAUUGUAAAGGCUACGAUUAAUUGAUAACAGGACUUCGUGUCGUCCAUGUCUGUCUGUUAUCAUACUUGUGAUUAACAAAUCGCAGCUCUGAAUUUCCAGUCAUUUAAGGUAGCUGAAGCGAGAACAAAAAGAGGUUUUAGAUCCCUUUUAGAGGUUUUACUU